ACCAUUAAACUUUGUAUGUCAUUCACGUGAUUUUUUUUAAGUGUUGUUCUGGAAGGAAUCAACGUUGACUGACAGCAGAUGACCUGCAAACAAAAUCUGUUUGACAGUCUGAAGUCCACAAACCGGUUCUCUCACAAGAGUUUUACAGUGAAACUACGAUUUUGGCGGGUAAACAGUGACGUGCGUUCCAGAGGGUCGGCCUUCUACAGAGUUCGUCGACCCGAAACGCGGCUCAGAGCCUCAAGGCCUCACAUCAACUUUCACAUCGCAUCGCACAGGUCACCCGAAAACACUGCGGGAGAAGAUCAUAAAUUCCUCGUUCUUACUCCAACUCCAGACUUACACGAACGCGCAUCAUGUCGACGGGCCUUCAGAUUUGUGGCCUGGUAGCGGGCGUGCUGUCGUGGUGCCUUCAGUCCAGCUGCACGUCGUCGCAGCUGUGGAAGGUGCGUAGCCAGGCGGAGUCUCUGAGUACCAGCCAAUGGCAGUAUGAGGGCCUCUGGAUGAGCUGCGCCGCCACUUCGCUGGGAUCGCUGCAGUGCAACAAGUUCAAGACGCUCCUCGGCCUGCCAGUGCACGUGCAGGUGUGUCGCGCUCUGAUGAUGUCAUCGCUGGUGGUGGGCCUGGCCGCCAUCAUUGUGUCCAUUUUGGGUCUGAAGUGCAGUAAGGUGGGCGGAGGUUCUCCACAAGUUAAAGGACAGUUUCUUCUGAGCGGAGGGGUCAUGCUCAUCCUGUCAGGUGUGUCCACCCUGAUCGCCGUGUCUUGGUAUGCUGGCAGCGUGAUCCAUGACUUCUACAAUCCGUUAUUCGGUGCUGUCAGGUUCGAGCUGGGCACGGGUCUCUACCUGGGCUGGGCAGGUUCCGGUCUGGCGCUGAUGGCAGGUGCAAUGCUUUGUUGCUCCUACAGGGGGAGCUCUUCCUCAUUAUCAUCCUUCCCAAAUGCAAGACAGUUGUCGUACAACUACUCCAAAAGCAGUCAAGGUCAUAAUGUGAACAUCUACAGAGCGGCGCACGCUUCAGACGGCAACGACAACACCAAAGCUUACGUGUGAGGCGGCCUUUGAAUGCAUCAUUGCGGUUCCAGCAGGAAUGGUCAUUUUGAGCUUUGCAUGUUUUAGUUGCCAUUUUAAGAUUUGAGUUUUGUAUUACGUACGUCAUGGUGGAGAUCAUGCACGUUUUUUGGUGUAUAUAAAUGAAUGGUUAGCAAUUUUAUUGAAGUUGGUCGUAGAAUAAUCUGUUUAGUGAUAAAAAUGUUUCAUGUUCAUUUUAUAUUAAAGAUCUUUGUGGGAACUGCAUAACUUUUGUUUCAAGAUG